UUGAUGUAGUAUGUAAACGUUUCUUUUUUGUUUGAAGUGAGAAUUUAACAGAGGGCGUGUUCAGUUGUGAUCAUUCAAAUUGUAGUGUAUUCCUGGUUUGUUUGCGGAUUUUAAGGAACAAAAAAGAUGUCCGAAUUACUUCAUGAUAUGGCUUAUCGUGGUAAAACUGUAGAUAUUAAAAAUCGUCUAAGCGAAAACGAAAAAUUAAAGCUGUCAAAAGAUAGUAAUGGUCGAAUGCUAAUACAUUGGGCAGCACUCGGGGGCCAUGACGAUUUGGUCCGAUUUUUGUUAUCUCUCGAUGUGCCUGUAGAUCCUAUUGAUGAUAUGGAUAUGACACCAUUAAUUUUGGCAGCAUCAGCAGGUCGUGAAAAAGUUGUCAGAACGUUAUUAAGCGAAGGAGCAAAUGUUAAUGCUACCACACAGGAAGGCCAUUCUGCUUUACAGUAUGCUGCGUCAAAAAACUGGAAGUCUAUUUGCGUCUCAUUACUAGAAAAAGAUGCAAACGUUAAUAUUACAGACAAACGUGGAGCUACACCGUUACAUAGAGCAGCAUCAAAAGGAAACGCUGCCAUCGUGAAACUUCUCCUAGAAUAUGGGAAGAAUAUAGACAUAGAUAGUAAAGAUGCUGAUGGUAAUACCCCGCUACAUUUAGCAUGCGAGGAAAAUCGUGUUGAUGAAAGUAAGAUUCUGGCACAACACGGUGCCAAUAUAUUACUGCCGAAUAAAGAGAAGAAAACUCCUUUAGAUCUUGCAAGUCCAGGAUUGGCGCGUAAAUUAAAAGAGAUAAAAGAACAGUUAUCAGAAAAAGUGGAAUAAAUUAUCAACAUUAUCGGUUCAGUGUUGUUCAAUCUUUGC